AUGAAGAAGAAGAAAGUCAAAGAUUCAUCCCGAUUAUCGAAGGAAAGUGAUUUGGAAUCGUCGGAUUUCAACACGGCAGUCAUGAGAAUCGCCGUCGCACAGAUGUGUCACUCCGUCGGGUAUCAAGGCGUUCAAAUCUCAGCACUCAAAACCCUAACGGACGUUGCCAUCAGGUACCUUCGAUCACUUGCGAAGUACUCUACUACCUCCGCUAAUUCCACCGGCCGAACACAGUGUAACCUUUUCGACAUCGUCCGUGCAUUGGAAGAGCUUCAUUCCGAUAUUGGAUUCCAUGGAAACGCAGAGCCUAAUAGAAGAUUAAAUAUACUCACCGAUUCAUCGAUCCUCCGCGACACGAUGAAUUUUGUCUAUAGGAGUCGCGAAAUUCCAUUUGCAAAACCCUUGCCUCGCCGUAGUCCUACACUUCCAUCCAAUCCACCAUGUUUUUCCAAUCAGAAUACAAAAUGGAAUCACGUUCCGAGUUGGUUACCGGAUUUCCCUAAAAGCAGUGACGCUGGAGAAAAACCGAUCUUUACUGCAUCAAAUGAAAGUGAAACCGCAUGGGAGAAGAAGAUGCGAUCGACCGAAUCAAAUAAGCAAAUCAGCAAGUUACCAGAGAAUAGGAAAAAGAUAAGUUUUAAGAUUGGUGGUGGUAAGAAUGAAAUUGAGAUGACGUAUGGGGUUGAUUUGAAGAGUGGGGUUUGUAAAGGUGGAAAGAGAAUUUCGUGCCAAAUCUAUGAUGAUGACAGGUUUUCAGAUGCUAGCAGCAGUCGCAAGAAGAAAUUAGAAGAAUCUUCUUCAAGAACAAAGAUGAUUGCGAGGCAUUCAUUUUUACCGUUAGCUUGUUAUUCCUACUUUUUUUGGUUAUUGGCAUACUACAACUUAGAUAAGUUCAUCAAUUGGCUCCUCCUUCUUCUACCCACGAUUGCGGUUAUGUGCAGUUCAUCAAUUGGCUCCCACAACCGACUACCGGCAGUUUCUUAUCCACCUGCGUCGCCUCCUUCUUCUCCCCACGUUCGCAUCCAUUCCUACAACUUCCCACCAUGGAGCGGUUGAAUCCCAUCAUCUUGAACUCCUUUUUACAUAUAAAUAGAGCUCAAUGAGAAUAUUAGAGCAGAUAUCUAUGCUUCCAUCGAGAUCUAGGUAUCGUUUCUCUGUCCCUCAAUAGUUCCCCUGAGGUAAAUUGAUCGGAUUGUGUUUAAUUUUUCAAUGUUUUAAUGAGUUUCUUCAAUUGCUUCCGUUUUUCCAUCCUCUGAACAUUUAUCGAUUCCAUUUGAAUUUCUUCUUACUUGAAUCCUUUCAAUGCUCACGUGAUUAACGAUGGACCAUAAAUCGAUCAAACAAUUGGAUGCCGACAAAGAACACCCACCCCAACAUUAGGGGAACUGAUUGAUACAACGAGAUAAAUUAUUGAAACCAUCUAGGUCAUAAUCACUACUUGAUAUGAUGCACCUUGAUAGUUUGAAGCAUCUAAAAUGACUUGAUAAUGAAGAGGUUUUGCACAUUCUUUUGACCUUAUGAGCAUUGGCGAAUUGUUACACGAAAUAAGAUCAAAAUGGGCUUGGUUGGAUGAUUCGUUGGCGGAUGUUGUUUGUUUAUUGGAGUUUUUGACAUAUUUGCCCUUAGGAGCUUUGGCGGAAUGCAAGGGCGGAGCUUCAACAUUUUAUUUGGGGGGACCGGAAAUAUAAUAUGUAUAAAAAUCGGUGAACAGGGAGGCCACAGCCAAAAUUUUAUAUUUUUUGACUUAAUAUGUAUAAAAUUAAUGUAUAGGGGCU